AUAGGUUCUGCUGACGAUUCUGUUAGUUCGUUCGUGUUUUCAGGUUGCCAUGUCUUCAAGACGGAAGCAGGAAGAAAAGCACCUGGAAGUGCUGAAGGGCAUCCAGCAGAUACAAUGUAACAAAAAGUGUUUUGAAUGCGACCAAAGGGGACCCACGUAUGUGGACGUUACUAUUGGUUCCAUGGUUUGUACAACAUGCGGGGGAAUAUUAAGGGGUCUGAAUCCGCCCCACCGGGUAAAAUCGAUAUCUAUGGCUACGUUUACUCCCACUGAAAUAGCCUUUAUUCAAACAAGGGGUAACGAAUAUUGCAAAAAUAUAUAUCUUGGGCGUUAUGACGAACGUUCAAAAGCAAAACCUGAAUCGCGCAACGAUCACACGAAGCUUAAAUUCUUUAUGGAGCAAAAAUAUGAGCAAAAGAAGUGGUAUGUCUCACCUGAACAAGCUGCUAAACCAACUGAAAGUUUCAUGGAAGCAGCAAAUGCUGCCAAAGCCAAUGAAAUAAAACCUCUUACUACAUUACUUGGACCCAACCACGCUAAUAUCAAAGUAGAAAAAAAGCAGCCUGAAAAACCAAAGCCUCAAUCCCCAAAGCAGCAGCAGACCAUUGAUUCGAUAUUUGGAGAUUUCAGUGGUGGUUCCACCGCAAGUUCUACCACACAACCACCAACUUCAGGAUUCGCAGAUUUCAGUAAUGCAUUCACCCCUUCAAACAACUCAUUUGAUGCAUUUGGAGACUUUACAUCUGGUCAGACAACCGCUGCCCCUGCAAGUCAACCUGGUUUUGGAACCAACUUCAACAGUGUCAUGACGGCAGCUUCAACAACUUCAGCCCCACAGGUUACAAAAUCUGUAGAUAAAUAUGCAGACCUGGGUGAUCUCUUUAGUAUGGAUAAUGCAGACCCAGCACCAGUUGCAAAACCAGACGCAGGCAAUAUGUGGAUGCAGUCGCAAAGCGCAUCUGUGUUUGGACAACAAUCAACAGCUUCAGGUUCUGUGUUUGGGUCACAAGCAAAUGCAGCUCCUCUGGGAUCAGUGUUUGGUGCGCAGUCCACAGCUUCAACACAAGCUUCAUUAUUUGGCAGUAGCCCAAUGUCCAAUACACAGUCAUAUAUGAACAACAAACAACCUGUACCAUUCAGCAAUGCUACUCAAUCAUACACACACUUUGGCACAAGUCAGAGUACACCUGCAUAUGGAAGUGUACAGCAACCAAAUCCAGGAUUUCCUGCUCAACAGCAGAACACCUACAACGGCACAUUUGGAACAGCACCAGGGGCAAGCUACAUGCAAGCGGCAAGCACAUAUGGUGCAACACAACCAACAAACAACUUUGGGGCCCAACAGUUCUCUUCAAUGCAAGGAUUUGGUGGAACUGCUCAACAAAACACAUUCGCUGCAACCAACAGUCAAAUGACUUUUCCAACCCAGACCCCAGCUUCAUCAAAUCCCUUUUUCAUGCAAACUCCUGCAUCUGCUGCUCCAUCUGCAACUGGAGCCAAUCCAUUCAUGGCACAGCAACAUCAACACGCACCCACGCAGCCACAAACCGCAACCAACCCAUUUAUGAACCUGCCCCCACAACAGGUUAAUGCAGCCCCAACAAAUCCAUUCUUUUAAAUUUUUGUAAUGUAUGGGAUAAGUGAAAUUCUCUUCCGGGGAAUGUAGUAUAAAAAUUAUUGCUUCCUCUGGCCAGUUACACUGAAAAUCAUUUUAGAAUUUGUGUCAUAAUCUUUAUCAAUGCCAAGAGUCCAAGACCAAAAAGGUUCUUGCGGGAGUAUAAAAAUCAAUAUAGAGAAUGACAUAUGUCCAUUGUGUUGUACUUGCAAUAGCCCAUGUGUUGUCCUUUAAUAUUGUACUGCUAUUGUUUCCUUUUGAAAUUUUCUAUACUUAUUGUGGCCAUUGUUUCAUAGUCUAUAGUCCAGUAAGGUUCUUUUAUAUUUAUAUGUGAACUCUGUUUGUGUUUUGUAAAAUCCAAUGUCCAAAUUAUAUGAUUCUUCAUACAGUGUGCAUAAAUAUUCAGAGAAAAUAAUGUGGCUUUCUGUGGUAAGCUGGUGAUAAUUUUCUUCAGUGGGGGUCGGAUAUAUUCUAUUGUACGCAUUUGUAUUUAAUGUAAUUAUUAUCCAUAUUCCGUCAUUGUUUUAACUUGUGUCGAAGUUGCUAGUUAAUAGUUACAUUUACAUAUUCUGUGUUUUAAACUUGACUAACUAUGUA